CAGAGCCGGAGCCCACAGGGCCGGGUAAGUUCGGGGACAGAUGUACUUCGUCGGAGGAGUGCGGCUUCAGGGGCAGCCAUUGCGACAACGGGGCCUGCUCCUGUCGGCCAGAACUGCCAGCCACCAACCACUUCGACAAGUGCGGAGUCGAGGUAGAAAUCAACGGAACAUGCUUCUUUCACGAACAAUGCGAGAUGCGCGUGCUGCAGACGGAAUGCCGGGACAACAGGUGCUCAUGCAGAUUCGAGAUGAAACCGGCCCUCAACAAGAAGAACCAAAUAGAAUGUAUCGCGGACAAUGUACCCUGGGAGCCAGAGAGGUACGUGGACCCCACCAUGAUCGGCGUCCUGGUAGGAAUGGCCCUCAUGUUCAUCAUCAUCUGUGUCGUACUCCGCCUCUUCAGCAAAGCCAGGUGGCGAGACAACAGAACUAUCUUCAACACGCCCAACCCACGACUGAUGAAUGUAUCUCUUCUGAGGGACACCAAGGCUGGGAGCGGUGAGCGGAGAGGAUCACGAGGGAGCAACACCAAGCCACCAAGCCGCCAACCAAGCUUAGCAUCCCUCAGGCCGACUUCGCCAUCUCAGUCCCACGCAGUACAAGCUUAAUACUAUCAUGGAUCCGUCUGUCACAGCAGCUUUUGUAAAAUAAACAUAAGCCUUUGGGACCAGCCAUUAACUAAAUUAGCACUUGGGCACACCUAGGAGAAGCUUAAUCGCCUCUGAUACUUCAUAAAAAUUUCAUAUUUCAAGCAUAAAUUAUAUAAGAAAUAAAUAUUUAUAUUUAGAACUAUUUUCUAAUUUGUAUAUCUUCUAUUAUUGUAAGGAAUACUUUUUCAUACUUCUAAUAAGGAACUCACCAUUUAUUUCGACACUUCUUAUAGUUUGUAGAUGUAAUGUAUUGAAUUUUAAAUGUUAGGAUUUUUUUCUAAAUGCUAGAGUAUUGUAAGUUAACAAUAAAAUGAAUACAUUAAUAAAGAUAAAGGAAUUUAGCAAUUUCUAUUAAAGAGGGGUCUAUAAUUACUAAAAUAGAUUUAAAAACUUAGUGAAAUAGACCUGAUAAGUAGAAUUCAAUUGUUAAAAAAAAAAAAAAAAAAUGUAAAGUUCUACUUUAGAUAAUUCUAAAUUGGCUGGGUCCCAUAGAAAAAAAACUUUGGCUUUUAGGUAAAACCAAUUAAUAAAAGUAAUCUAAACCAACCUCUUUUUCCGUUGCUUAAAUAGAACCCUCUAUGUAUUCAUUUUUGUUUCAAUUCUUUUAGUGCCUUCGCAUUCUAUGGAGUACAACAAUAAAAAACAAUUGAUACUAUUUAAAUAAUAAUAAUCUAAUGAUAGUUAAUUUAAUCUUAAAAUCGAGAAGAAAAAAAAAAAGCACCAUUUCCUAAUUAAAAAUUCUUAAGCACCAAAUCCUUCUUAGAAGCUUUUGCUUAAAAUGCUUAAUUUAUUUUUAAAAAUGUGUAUUUUAAACAUUAAUAUUUAAGUACUUAAUAAUUCCUUUUUCUCAUUCGAUGUUUUUUUAUCACUUUUUAAACUUUAAGGUACUAAGGAAUGAGAUGAGAGGAAGCUUUCUUGCAAUGGAUAAUUGUUCCAGGGUUAUCUAUUCCAUAAAAGCUUCUCCCAGUGAUGGGCAACCAGAGAAGCUAAGGGAAGGUUACUCUGGUUGGUGAAAGGACACAAAACUUUUUCGUGGAUUAAACUAAUACAAUUUAAAAGAAUUUUAUAUUGUUAAUGGUGUUCAAUGAGAUCUAAAAAAAAACAUUUGCACUCUUAGGUAUAAUAAUUAAAAUUAAUUAUCUUUACGCUGCUCAAUUGAAAAAUAUAUGAAGCUAAAACUGUGAAUAUUUUAAAUAAUAUGUGUGCAUUCGAGUAAGAUUUUUUCUAUGAGGAUUUGGAGCGUUGCGAAAUAAAAAAAGUGGAUAACCUAAAAGUCGGAGUCCAGACUGGGACGGUGAAUAGCACAAUAUUUUAAAAAGACCUCUAGAGCUUUUUUUUCAAUAUUGAUAUUUUUUAUAGUUUGUGCCAAUCAAAAGAAUCAUAAUUGCCUUACAACUAGAAAAUGGUCUUAUACGGGAUCGGAGGAAGUUCAAGUGGUUUGCAAAUUUAGAUAAAAUAUAUUUAAAUUUUUAAAACUUUUUGCUUUGUUAACUUUCAACGCACAUCAGUCUUGUAAGAUUAAAAACAUUGUGAAUGGGUGUUUCUGCACUUUCUUAUUUAUGUUUAACUAUUUACUUAUUCUAGAUCUUAUCGACUAAUCUUUGCUAAUGAAUUAAGAAAGCUAAGUAGUGAGAACUUAUAUUAUAGGUUUUAAAUAUAUAUUUACUAUUAACAUUUUUCAUAUGACCUUAUAUUAUCUAUUUAAAUAAUUCUUACUUAGUCAUAGUCAAGUAUCUUAUAAUCAUGUACUCAUUUACUUGUAAUUCAUAAUAAAAUAUUUAAUUAUGAAAUGUU